AGUCAAGACCACACAGUAAUGUCAGGCGCUCCGACAUUCAGACAUACGAUUCACGAGCGAAGCACGCGUUGUUUGCCGCGCAAUUCAGUGUUUUGUGCGAACUUAUACCCAGUGUUAGUGAUUGUGCCUGUAUUUCUGGUUUAAACAGAGGUACCAUGAUAUAAACAUUCGAUAAACACAAAAUACCAAAAUGAAGAGAUUGCAAACUUUUUGUUGCUGUGCGUCCACGCGGACUGGCUCCAUCAUCACAGCAUGUCUUGGAAUAAUCCUGGCAAUAGCUACAAUUAUUAUGAUAUGGGUACUCGACAGGCACAAUGUAUCCUACAGGACAUUUAUAUUCGCUGAAGACUUUGACAAGAAACUCGCCGACAUGGACAUUCCAAGGAUAAUAUUAACAAUCAACCUGUGUUUUACCGUCCUUAUCUGUGGCCUGCUAAUCAUAGCAGUUUUAAAGACAUCGUACUCGAGACGAUCCUGGUUAAUGCUGCCCUGGGUGGUGUUAGGUAUAGUACUGGCAAUCGGGCUUCUGAUCAGUAUCCUUCAUACCUCUAUCACCUAUUAUUUGGAUGAACAAGACCGGACUCUUCUCGCCACUUUUAUAUUGAUUGGUGGAUUAAUAUAUUUAUGCAUAUAUUUGUACCUGUGGGCUAUUGUGUUCAGCCACUAUCUGGAUGUCCGUGACGAGGAAGAGCGAGGAAGAUAUCGAAAGGCGCCUUACAAACGAUAAACCAAUCAAUUUUAAUUUAUUUUUAUGACUGACAUAUGCUUAUUUAAUUAACAAUUAAGAUAAUAUAUUAAGCAUAUAAUUAAACAGCGUUGUUUCAAAUGUAUUUACUUCACACAAAAGUUAUAUACACCAAAAAUAAUUUAAAUUAUGUAUAUCUUUUCUGACUAGAUCUUUUCUCACUAGGGUUAAGUAUAAAUGCAUGUCUCUAUAAUAAAUACAAAACGAUCCUAGCGACGCGUAAUCAUUGAAAGUGAUUCCACACGUAAACAGUAAAUAAGGACAGAAAAUUUGCACUUUGCUAGAAAAAAAUAUAUAAAAAAUCAUCUACUUAUCCAAGUACAACUAUUCAAGUCUGACUUUCAUACGUGGAAACCAGCCGUUGUGUGAUGUCAUUUACCUUCCACAUGGAGUCUUUACCAGUUUUUUUACCUUAUAUUCAGUGACCGUGAUGACUCGCCGUCCAAUUUUAUAUAGAAAAAACAGUAAUAAAUUCAUAUUCAUUAUACAUUGCAUACAACUUUUCAUAGCAACACCUUAAUAUAGCGACUAUGAUAGAGUUCAAACAAUGUGCCUUAAGUUACCAAAGUACGACUCUCGUUUGUCAAGAACGUAUUGGAUUUUGAGUCAUACUUAGCUCUAUUUAUUAUAUAUUGGCCU